GUAUAAAUGGAGCCGCCGAGCGGCCACUCUUACAGCCCGGUUGCUGUUGGUCAAUAGUGCAGAGCUAUGGCUCGUACGAAGCAGACCGCGCGUAAGUCGACAGGCGGGAAGGCGCCCCGCAAGCAGUUGGCCACCAAGGCGGCCCGCAAGAGCGCGCCGGCCACAGGCGGCGUGAAGAAGCCGCACCGGUACCGGCCCGGCACGGUGGCGCUGCGCGAGAUCCGGCGCUACCAAAAGUCGACGGAGCUGCUGAUCCGCAAGCUGCCGUUCCAGCGGCUGGUGCGGGAGAUCGCGCAGGACUUCAAGACGGACCUGCGGUUCCAGAGCUCUGCGGUGAUGGCGCUGCAGGAGGCGAGCGAGGCCUACCUGGUGGGGCUCUUCGAGGACACCAACCUGUGCGCCAUCCACGCCAAGCGCGUCACCAUCAUGCCCAAGGACAUCCAGCUGGCCCGGCGCAUCCGCGGCGAGCGCGCUUGAGAUCCCUGCCACCGAGGCAGAUCAGACAGACCCAAAGGCUCUUUUAAGAGCCACUACAAAUACAGUAAAAGUGCUGAAUCAU